AUGCCUCCAAAUGCAUCAGUGCAUGACUUAAGAAUUCAAAUACUAGAAACAAAAAAGAUUGAUUAUCAAAAUCAGCUUCUUCUUUUACCAACAGGUGAAAAUCUUGAUCCAAAUAAAAUGUUAAGUAGUUAUACUUCAGAAACAGAAAGUAUGGAAUUACCUAUAUUUUUAUUUAAUCGUAAAUAUAAUGAAGAAAAUCCUGAGACAAGAGAAGAAGUUAUGAAAAAAUAUGAAGAAUUAUAUAAUGAUAUUAAUUGUGAUAUUGAUAAUAUGUUAAAAAAUUCCAAAGAUUUUAUAUCUAUAAAUAGUUUCGCAAAAUUAUUACACGGUAUUAAACAGUAUGAGGAAAGGAUGAAUGAAAUAAUAAAACAAAAUUAUCAAUAUCACGAGUUAUUGGAUAAUGGUUAUAAGACAUUUAUAAUAGCCAUACUACAUUCGCUUGAUAUAUUAAUAAAAAAAUGUGAAAGAAAUGAAGAUAGAGCAAUUGGGAUGCCAAAAGUUAUAGAGAAAGGAUUUGAUAUGUUAAAAAAAUUAAAUGAAAAAUUAGAAUUAUGUAAAAAAAUAAUGAUACCAAUAAAUGUUUUAAAAACAUCAAAAAUAAGAUCUGAUCAAUAUUGUGAAGAACCAAUAUCACUUUAUGAUUGGAUUGAUACAAAAGAUCCUCAUACUAGUUUAGAAGAACUUGAAAAUAGCACAAAAUGUUAUUUUGAACAUGCAAAAACAGUUACUUUAAAUGAUGCAAAAACAGACCUUCUUAAUGCAAAAGCUAAAAUUAAUAAACCGGAAAUAAAAUGUAUAAAAGGAUUAGAGGUAAGAAUGAAUGCUUUACAACUUCACAUGAAAAAAGUAAAUGAUAAUUUAAAUGAAUUAAAAAAAAAGAUAAAAUCAUAUGAAAUUUCAAUGGGACCAACAGUAACUGGUGUAAAAUUAAGUCCAGAUCGUCUUUCACUUAUUAAUGAUAUAACAGAAUUAAAAAAAAAUGUUGAAGAUGUAACAAAUAUUGGUAAUAAAAUAAUAGAUUCAAAAUAUGAAUUAUUAAAUACAAUACUACAACGUCUUAAAGUUGUUAUAGAACCUGUAAGUGAACAGGCUGCAGAAGGACAUAAUAAAAUAGCAAUGUUUGAAAGUACAUAUGAAAAUGUUGUAUUAAAAGGUGAUCUUAUAAAACAAUUAAAUGAUGCACCAUUAAUGUAUGCCACUAUGACAACUGAAACAUUAAGAAGAAUAUAUUUUUCAAAAGAAUUUAAUGAAUGGUUUAAUACAUUUAAUAAAAAAGUUGAAACAUUUGUUACAGAAGAGAAUGAUAAAAGAGAAAAAUUUAGUCAAAAUUCAAAAAAACAUUUUUUAAAACAAUUAUUUACUGGAUUUGAUGAUUACCUACCACAUUUUUUAUGUGAAAUUGUUAAAAUUGAUGAAGGAAUACCACAAUUAAAUAUAUCAAAUUUAACAAAUUUAAAAAAAGUACUUCCAGAGAUGGAAUCUAUUAUUAAAUUUGAAACACCAAAUGUUUAUAAAAAAUUGUCAAUUGAAAUUAAAACAGAAACACCAAAUAUUGUAUUAAGUAGCAGUAUUAUAAGACCAACGGGACAAUUAACAGAUGAUACAUUAUCUUCAACAAGUUUACCAAAACAUUUAACAUUUACACAUUUUAUGAGUGGCGAUGAUAAUUUAGAAGGUUUUCAAAGAUCUAAUUUUUUAUCAACAACAUUUCAAGGUAUAUCAGAGGAAAGACAAUAUGAUGAUGAUUGUGAUAAAAGAAAAUUAAAAAAAACAAAUAGUAUAUGUAUACCAAAUUCAUUAAAUAAUAUAAAUCAAUUUAGAUUUAGUGGUGAUGAUCAUUUUUCAAGUUUUGAUGAUUUACCAGGAUAUGGUGAAUUAAGUUUAAAUGAUUUAACAGAACAAAAUAUUAUGGAAACAACAUUGCAAAAAGAGUAUUCACCUGUUGAAAUGACAAAUACAAUUAUUUAUCCAAAUCAUAUACCAUUAAAAAAUUCUAUAGAAUGCCAAACAAAUAUUAAUUUAUUAGAUAUUGCAUUAAUUAAUAAAAAAUUGGAUGAAUGUAAUAAUAUUAUUAGUAAUGAAAUGAAUAAUUUUAUUGAAUUUAUUAAAGAUUAUAAAAAAAUUAUUUUCUAUAGCAAUGAAUGCCAGAAUGCAUAUAGAUAUGUUAUUGGUACAUUAAUUAAAACUUUUAUUAAACAAGAUAAUGAAUUAAACAAAAAAAUUACAGAAAUGGAAAAUAAAUAUAAUAAUGUGUCAACUAUGUAUGAUAAUUUAAAAGAGGAUACAACUAAUGUUAUAUCAUUAAAAGAUAAAGAAAUAGAAAAAUUAAAAGAAGAUUUAGCUAGAGCUAAUGUUAAAAUUCAUUUAAUGGAAUGUGAUGUCACUGAAAAGGAUGAAAAAUUAAAAGUAAUGAUGCAAAAAAUUGAAGAAAUGGGAAAAAAAGUUAUAAAUAAUAAAAAUGAUAAUGAAUAUUGUAAAGAUAAAAAUAAUAUUAUUGUAGAAGAAAAUGAUAAUACAUCAAAAAAUUUGCUUUCAUUAAGUAAAAAAGAAAAUGGAAAUUAUACAGAAACAGAUAUUACAUCACCUAUCUUGAUAAAUGACAACAAAAAUUUAAAAAAAUCUACUAAUUCUGUUAGUGUACAAACAAGACUUCAUGGAGGAGAUAUUAAAGCAAUGAUAUCUUUACAAGAUAUUCAUGAGGGAUGUACUGUAUUAAUAAUGUGGAAUCCAACAUAUGAUGCUUAUCUUUUAUCAUGCUCUACUAAUAUUCUUUAUUUUGUAAAAGAAACAAGUGUUGAAAGAUUAGGAUUAAGUAAUCAAGAAACAAAACAACGCCGGCACUCAUUAAUUGCAACUGUUUCAAGUGUUGAGAAAUGUCAAAUUAGACGUGAAAAUAAUAGAUAUAGACUUCCAGUUGGAACGCAAUUUUAUCGUGUUGAUGUUGAAGUAUUAAGAUGGGAUACAAUUAAAAAAUCUGAUAAACCAUAA